GCGCGCGCCUUACACAUUCAUGUUGAAGGAAAUUAGGUGACUCUUUUGGGAAGCCGACUUUUUAAAAGCGCGGCCAGACCAUGCUAUGACGACUUCCCUGAUCCUACAUCCACAUUGGGCGGAUACCUUGAUGUACGUGUAUGAAACAAGCCCGAAUGAAAAGAAUCCCAGGAAAAGCGCAGCCAUGGAAGGACUGAGUGGGAACUGUGCAAGCAGCCACUGUCGGGAUUUUAUCUCUCACCCGGGGCUGGGGCGCCAUUCUGGUGCCAUUGGAUCUCACCAAGGACCGGUGUACACGGACAUUACCUCCCCAGAAGCAGCGAGACAAUGCGCCGCUCCCCCGACUUCUUCCAGCGCGUCCCUCGGCUAUGCGUACCCAUUUGGAAGCAGCUACUACGGCUGCCGGUUGUCCCAGUCCCACAACGUUAAUUUACACCAGAAACCCUGCUCUUACCACCCGGCCGAGAAAUACCCAGAGCCCAGCAACCCCUUGCCCAGCGAAGAAUUCUCCUCCAGGGCGAAGGAAUUUGCAUUUUAUCCCAGUUUUGCCAGUUCCUACCAGGCGGUCCCUGGCUACUUGGACAUGUCAGUAGUACCGGGGAUCAGUAGCCACCCGGAGCCCAGACAUGACUCGCUGCUGUCUAUGGAAGGCUACCAACACUGGGCUCUCCCUAACGGCUGGGACGGGCAAGUCUAUUGCUCAAAGGACCAAUCGCAAUCCGGUCACUUAUGGAAAGCACCUUUCCCAGAUGUGGUCCCCCUGCAGCCAGAGGUGAGCAACUACCGCAGGGGCAGGAAAAAGCGAGUCCCCUAUACAAAAAUCCAACUGAAAGAACUGGAGAAGGAGUACGCGGCGAGCAAGUUCAUUACCAAAGAGAAAAGACGCAGAAUCUCCACUGCAACAAGUCUGUCUGAGCGCCAGGUCACAAUAUGGUUCCAAAACAGAAGAGUCAAGGAGAAAAAAGUCGUAACUAAAUGUAAGAGCGCUCACAUUCACAAUACCUGACACCAGGAGGACACCUAGCUAGGCCUUUAUGUGAACAAUUAUUUAUGUCAUUCCCAUGUAUAGGACAUAUCCAGCAGAGACUCCUCCGAGGAAUAUUUAAUAUAUGGAAUGGAACAAGGUCCCCUUAUGUUUCUGCUCCUUCUAAUACAGCUGUGAAUAACAAGGAGACGGAUAUAACAUCUUAAAGGGGACACAACCUUGACGCAGUCACUUGGAGCGCCUCUGUUUCAUUUUCUGAAGUUUUCAUGAAUUGUCUGCUAUAAGCUGUAUAUAUAAAUAUACUGUGCGUUCCACGGUGCAUCUGUCCCACACCUGUUUCUCGCCUUUGCUUGGAUAUGAAAUACAUUCAGUUUAGACAUCUGCAUCUUCUUAUGAACACUGACCAGCGCUUUACGGUUGCACUUAACCUUUGUAGCACCAGAGAGUGGUCUCUGCUGCUUCCACUUCCCCUUUCCCAUGUAGCAUACCCAUCUGUUCUGCUCUAGAACACACCAUCAGCACCUCAGUCGUCUCUGUAUUUUAACUAACAAGCUCUUCUCAUUCUGUGGCAGCAGAAAAAAAUGUCAAGAAGUCAUUUGGGAUUUACUUAGUAGCAAAAAAAAUGCGUAAAAAUAAUAAUUUAAAAAAAAUAAAUGGCAGUUAUACAUAGUUAUAUAUUUGCUUUACACAUCAGUAUUAUAUCUCUUUCUGCCUCAAAAUAUUUGAGGCUUAAAUGAAUUUUAUUAUGACAUGCAUCCACUGUCGGGGGACGUAUGUUUGUUUCAGUCACAUUGAUUGGACGUUACCCUACAACAUAUGCUAUAUUUAAAAACUUCACUUUGCAGCUUGUUUCGUUUUUUUUUUUUUUUUUUUUUAAAUCGAAUAUACCCCAAUUGACGGUCAUUAACACUGCUGCAUUUUCCAGACAAGCAGAUUUUCCAUAAGGUAUGCUGUAUGCAACUCGUUUAUAUUAUUUUGUCGUGUAUAAUGUAUAGUAUUGUGGUGUCUAAAUAUAUUAUGUAAUGGAUAAAGAUUCAUUUCUGGAAAUAAAUGUCACUUGACUUGA